AUGAAUUACAAUAUCCACCCAGUAUCAUACUUGAACGCUGACAGCUACAGCAGCAGCAGCAACAACAACAACAACAACAACUUGACUCAAAAUGACAAUAUAAAUGUAAACUUGAACAACCACCACCAACACCAAAACCAAAACCAAAACCAACUGCAACAACACCAACAACACCAACAACAACAACAGCAGCAAUCUUAUACACAGAGGUUUCAACAUCAGUUGCAACCUCCAUCACAACAGCAGCAGCAACAGCACCAACAACAACAACAUCAGAGAUCUAGCAUGCUCAAGAACUCACCUUCUGCUGACUUGGAGAUGGACAAUAUCACAUCGCCAUCCUCCAUCACUUCAUCACACUCUCCAAGAACCAACAACUUGAAUGGAAGUCCACUCUCCUCAUUCACUUCACACUCUGUGACAAACUCACCUAUUGAACAAUCAAAACAAAAGCCAGUUGAAUUGUCAACAAGAAGUAUCAAUGAUGGUUCAGUUUCAAACAUCAAGAGUAGUAGCGGUAACGUUGGUGUCAGUGGUAACGGUAAUAGUGCUGCAAAUCAACAGCAAUACAAUACCGCUUCACAAUCUAUCUUGCCAUCAACAUCGAUGAUUGACUCUUUUGCAUCAUCAACAGGAACAUAUCCACAACCACCUCAACAACCACCGCAAUUACACCCAAAUUUAAACCAUGUUUACAAUAGCCAAAGUUACUAUCAACCACCCGCACCACCACCACAACAACAACAACAACAACAACAACCAAAAACAUCACUCCAUGAGCCCAGUCUCUACCACGACGUUGCAAAUGGCCAUUUCCACCAACCAUUGGUUAAUGGAAUUCCUCAAAUUCAAGUUAACAAUACUGAUGCAAAAUCCAACCCUACAUUCAACACAUACUCUGUUAAACCACCAAAGAAGACCUAUAAGAAAAUCAGAGAAGAGGAUCUUAGAGGUCCAUUCAAGUGUUUAUGGGGAAACUGUUACAUCAUUUUUGACACACCUGAAUUGUUGUAUGACCACUUGUGCGAUGAUCACGUUGGUAGAAAAUCAUCAAACAAUCUCAGUUUAACUUGUUACUGGGAAAAAUGUGGCACAACCACAGUAAAGAGAGAUCACAUCACUUCCCACUUGAGAGUUCACGUUCCUUUAAAACCAUUCCAUUGUGACUUGUGUCCUAAGUCAUUUAAGAGACCACAAGAUUUAAAGAAACACUCCAAGAUUCAUGCAGAUGACCAUCCAAAGAAGUUGAAGAAGGCACAAAGAUUAUUAUUGAAACAACAACAGAAGGAGUUUAAACAAAGGCAAAAAUCGGGUAAAGUUGAUAAUGGUGUUGGCAAUGGCAAUGGUGUUGGUGUUGGUACAUACUACCAGCCUACAGGAGCUGCUAUUAUUAAUGAUGGUGAUGAUUACAAUAGAAAGAGAAGAUAUGACAAUUCACAACAUAACAUGUAUGUUGUGAAUAGUAUUUUGAAUGACUUUAGCUUCCCACAAGUGCCACAUGCAACCACUGGCGGUAGUUAUACCCAUCAACAACCACAACCACAACAGCAACAGCAACAGCAGCAACAACAACAACAACAAACACUGGUUGAUCAAAAUAAGAGAGUCAAGCCAAAUGGCGAAUACAAUAUUGACAUGUUCAACAGAUUAAACCAUUUGGAUGAGCAAUACCACUCGCACCACCUUCCCCAACCACCAGCACAAUCACUGGCACAAGCUGCUUCUUUGCACCACUACCAUCCAACUUAUACUAAUAGCGCAAGUACAGGUAAUGGUAACAUUUACGAAGCAGAAAAGUUUUUCAACUCAUUGUCAAACUCCAUCGAUAUGCAAUACCAAAACUUGUCUUCGCAAUACCAUCAACAACACCAACACCAACAACCACACUCUUCUCAACAAGUCUCACAAACACAUCACAACCAUCACCAUAAUCCACCACCACCACCAUCACAACAGCAACAACAAGUGUCAUCUAGCCAGUUGUACCCAUCGCUCCCAACAUUAUCAAAUACAGCAUCUGCGAUUUCGAGAGAUGCCCCAAUUUUGUCUUCGAAUGUUGGUUCUACUGCAACUACUUCAUCUUCAUCAUAUAUACCUUCGUCUUACCCACAGAUUAAUAGGCCAAGCACCUACACUUCAUACGGCCAACAACCUCAUGCCGGUAGUAUGGAGUAUAAUGGUGUCUCAGUUUACCAAAAAUCAGGACAAAAACUUGACGAUGUUGAUCCAGUGCAAGAAGAAGUGGAUGAGAAAGAAGAGGAAGAAGGAGAAGAAGGAAAUGUUGCCGAGUCAGUCUCUGUAUCAUCAUCUGAAGAAGAUAAAGAAGAAGAUGAAGAAGAAGAUGAUGAAGAAGAUGAUGAUGAAGAAGAUGAAAUGGAAUCAUUAUUUGAUAAAUUGAACUUGAGCGAUGCCGAAGACCACGAAGUUGUUGAUGAUGAAUACGAGGACGUGGAAGAUGUUGAGAUUGACGGAUAUAAUCUCAAGGAUGUUGCAAGACACAGAGCUAUGAUCAAAAAUAUCUUGGAUAUGAUCAAGAAGCAGAUUAAGGAACAAGAAGCGGCAAAUGGACAGAAUGGUUUGGAGAAGGAGACAACAAAGCAGAGAAAUGUAGAAACAGGUUCAGACUCUGGUGUGUUUGUUGAGAAGUUGUACCCAACCAUCACCGCUUUUUAA